GCACUCCAGGACCGACGUUGCCUACCCCUGGUUUAGUUGAUUAAAAAACAAAAUAUUUUACAAAUUAUUAUGCAGUGUUGAAAUAAGAUAAUACGGUAAUAAAAUCCUUCCACAAUUAUUUUACUACAAUCGACAUAAAUUCGAGCCAGUACAAGAGACACUAAAUUAAUGUAGCGCGACCCGAGAGGCUUUUAUUUUGAACAUUAGUAAACGGUGUCUUUUAUUUUGAUAGUCGUCUAUACCUGUAAUCGUCAGGCGCACUGCGCAUGUCAACGGAAGUGGAAACCGGGCUGCGAGAUGACCAAUAUUUAAACAAAACCGACAUGCAAUUAGGCAGCAUGUCAGUGAGUGUAGAGCAGUAGUGAGGCUUUGAUAGCAUCGCUGCCAGAUGUCGGUGUACCUGCGGCGCUUUAGGCCCCCUGCAGUGGAUGUGCGGUCCACAUUUACAAUCCUGAAGAGAGAGAGGACGAACGCAGAGAAGCAAGAAUGAGAAGACUUCCUGUCCUGGUCACCCUCAUCUGGGUCUGCUCAGUGUUUUACACAGGCAUCUUCCUGUUUGUGGGAGGCUUCCUCCUAGUCAGGCUGGAGGUCAACAGAACGAGCACCUGUGCAGACGUCUUGUCUCCAGGAGCUCAGGUGAAGGGAGAUUUCUGCCUGAGCGAGCCACGCUUUCGUAGGGCAGUGGUGCUGAUCAUCGAUGCUCUGAAGGCCGAUUACCGCUAUGAUCCGGAGAACACGGCACCCAAACCGUUUGAGAACAAGCUGCCGGUGUUAGAUGAGAUGGCAUCGUCUCACCCCUCUCAUGCCAGACUUUACACCUUUCGGGCCGAUCCACCCACCACUACCAUGCAGAGGAUCAAAGGCUUUACCACAGGUUCCCUGCCCACGUUCAUUGACGUGGGGAACAACUUCGCAUCCAACGCCAUCCUGGAAGACAAUCUAGUGCACCAGCUGGGCCAAGUGGGCAAGAGAGUUGUUUUUAUGGGGGAUGACACAUGGGUGAGUCUCUUCCCCAAGAAGUUCCACAGAUCACUGCCCUUCCCCUCCUUCAACGUGAAGGACUUGCAUACCGUUGACAACGGCAUUCUCCAAAACAUUUAUCCUACCAUGGAGGGGGAUGACUGGGAUGUGUUGAUUGCUCACUUCCUGGGUGUGGAUCACUGUGGGCACAGAUUUGGCCCGGAUCACCCUGCAAUGGCUGAGAAACUCUCCCAGAUGGAUGGAGUUAUCAGGUCAGUGAUAAAGCGUCUGAAGAACGACACCUUGUUGGUGGUGAUGGGUGAUCAUGGAAUGACAGACACUGGGGAUCAUGGUGGAGAGAGCCAGAAAGAGACAGAUGCUGCUCUGUUUCUCUACAGUUCCUCUCCCUUAUUUCCAGCACCAGGCUCCCAGGUGGAACCUGAGGUAGUACCUCAGACUGAUCUGGUGCCCACGCUGGCACUUUUGCUGGGAGUGCCCAUUCCUUAUAGCAGUGUGGGCCAGGUUCUUCUUCCACUUUUUCCUCGGAAUGGCUCCCGGGGUGCACCUACAGGACUCAGCCAGGCUGAGGCGCUGUGGAUUAACGUCAAACAGGUAAACCGCUUCUUGGAGACCUACUCUAACAUGGCCAAAGACAUCCCACCAGACAGUUUGUCUCGGCUGCGGGCUGACUUCUCAAACAUUUCCUCCCAGUACUUGGCCGCCGUCCACAAGGGCCAUCUUCCCUCUCCUGAGCUAGUCGUCUCCAUGCAGAACUAUCUGACUGCUGUCAGGGAGACUUGUAGAGCCUCCUGGGCCCGUUUCAAUCCUUUCAAAAUGGCUGCUGGGCUCUUAAUCUUAGGAGUUGCCUGUAUGCUCUGCUAUGUACUUUCUGAGUUGUCUCACGUAGUGGUUCAGGAAGGCCUGCUGAAGUUGCCCAUACUCUCAGGGUUGGCCGUGGGACUACUUGUAGCUACAGGUCAGCUGUUCUUGCAAGGAUAUUUGGAGCUCUCAUGGUGUGUGGGAGCUGCAGCACUUUCCUCUGAGGUUUUGUUUCUAUGGAGAACUCGAGGAGUUUCUCCAAAAGAGAGGUGGUCACCUUCUGGCCUCCUUACGCCGGCCCUUCUGGUGCUUUUCCUGCGCUGUGCCUCCCUACUCUCAGACAGCUAUGUCAUCUAUGAGGGCAAUGUGGUUACCUUCUUGCUCUUCACGUUGAGUAUCUAUGUUCCUCUCCAUCUAAACUGGGAUGGACUCCUGGUGCCACUUCCCCCAUCAGACACCCAGAAGCAACCUCGGCUGCUCCCAACUGCGCUGCCAUCCUCAGUGGUUAGACGGCAGGCCACUAUCUUGUUGGCUUGGUUGGGAGUGCUGGUGGGAUCGCUCUACCUAUCCCUCUCCUUCCACAACUGCCGAGAGGAGCAGGGCACCUGCCAGCCCUCACCUUUCCUCUCCCCGCUUUCACGAGUACAGAACAGCCAACUGCGCAACCUCCACUAUGUCCUCUCUGUUGGCUCACUGGCCUUGUGGGGGUACCUUCUACACCGAUGGCUCAGACAUUAUGGGAACCUCAACUGUACCAGUGUGACUGUGUUUUCGGCCUGCUUCCUCAUACCCCUGCCCUGUGUUUGCAUGGGGUUGCACUGGGCGGUAAGUGCCACCCCAGAAGACACCUUCAGGAAUUUGUCUGAACUCAUCGGCCUAGCUCAAGUGUUCCUGCCUCGGGCCACUUUCUGCCUGCUGGGCCUGGGACUGCUCCUGUUGUGGGUGGACCCCAUGAUGGUGUUCCUCAAGUCAAGGACUCCACUGAACUCUCGAGGAACAUCCCUGCCACCCCCCAAGUACCGAGCCAGUACGGGAAUCAGUCCACAGGCUGAACUGCACCACCUCAUACCACAGUUGUAUCAGCGCAUCCGACACUCGCUGGAGGACGGGGCCACGGAAAGUGGUGAAACUGACUGCAGGCCAGCCGUGGAGGCUUACGGGCUGGGUACAGUGUACUCUGCCCCAUUGGUCCUGCUUUGUGGACUCCUGGGAUUAGUGCUUUUGCUUCUCCAUCCUGAGGGUAUGGCUCUUGCCUUCCUGCUUCUCCUGCUGGAGGCUGGAGCCAUUCUGCACAUCCACGCCUGUAGCACCAACCUCUCCAGCCUUCACAAGCACUCCAAUUAUUUCAGUGUGCCAUGGGCUCCAGUGGUUUCAUGGUCUCUGGCAGCCACCCAGUUUUUCCAUUCAACUGGACACCUGCCUACCUUCCCCUCCAUUCAGUGGGGUGCUGCAUUUGUGGGCUUUCCUCAAGGUCACACAGGCACUGCACUUCCUGCGUCAUUGGUGAUCCUCAACACCUUCUCCUCUCACAUUAUCUUUGCAGUUGGUUGUCCUCUGCUGCUGUUCUGGCCUCUGGUGUGCGAGGUGCGUGGGACCCGGUCUACACGCUCAGCAGGAGCGGAGGAGAGCGAGGAUGCUGUUAUGGAGAUGAGACUGAGAGAGAACCCUCAUAAGUUCAGCUCGGGUCUCCUGCAGCUCGCUGCACGCUACCUCUUUGUGAAUGGAGCACAGGUUUUUGCGUCUGUUUGUGCUGCAGCCAUCCUCAGGAGACACCUCAUGGUGUGGAAAGUGUUUGCACCCAAACUGAUGUUUGAGGCAUCGGGCUUCAUUGUGGGCAGUGUGUUUGUGAUACUGGGGUUCGCCAUGGUUAUGAGGGUGGACGUAUCAGUGGGCGGGUUAUUUAAGAAACUCCUCCCUCAGAACUCCAGGUAGCACUGGCUACCCUGACCACGGCCCCUUUUCCUCCCACAAACCCAAUCCAGAACUCUUCAGAGAUGUGCUGGUCAUCCUCCUCAACUCCACUGCCAACAAUACGAAUGGAAACCAGAUUUGUUUUGCAUCUGACUUUUUCUGUUUUGGACCAAAGAGGUCUAAAGCAUCUCCUCAUUUUCAAGUACAUGAAGUCGAUUAACUGAAGAUGAUCUUUUAUAAAAGUUAUUUUAGACUGCAACAGUCAUUAGGCUUUCAACAAGCUAUUGAACUGUCGGCCUUUGUUGCUCUGCUGCCUUUUUGUAUUGAAAAAGAGCGAGAAGAUGAUCUUUGUGCAUGCCUUUUUACUGCCAUGUUCCACAAGGUCAUUAUAGAGACUAUUAUAAGUUAUUACAUUGAAGGGCUACAUGAACUCCACAGUGUUGCAAUGGUAUGAAAACGAAAACCCCUGCUGUUCAAACAUUUAAAGAGCCAGUUCACAUUUAAUGUAAAUUGUAAUUUCUACCCUCAUGUGGUUGCAAACCUCAAAGCAGUGAUUUAGAUGACCAAGCUGCUCCAUACAUAAGUGGAUUGGGACCAGGCACAAUUGUGGUCACUGCUCACAUUCAUUGAAUGGAAAAGAGCAGCUUGGAUAUUCUGCUACAGUGCUGUAGCAGAAUGUCCAAGCUGCUCUUCUCCAAACCUUUUUCCAUUAUUUUGUGUUUUACAGAAGAAAGUCACACAGGUUUGAUGGGAAAAUUAUUAUUUAUUUAUUUUUUUGGCUUUUGGUUGAACUGUCCCUUUAAAAGCAUCAAGGGCAUGCUUGAGGGUGUCAUUGAUUUCAGCAGUGGACUGGAACUUUUUUUUUUUAAGCUUUAACAUUUUGAUAACAGCUCAUUCAUGUUAGUAUUGUCCAGUCUAUUCCCUAGCAAUAACCACACAAGCAUCAGGGUUGAACCAAUAACAAUAUAGUAAAAUAAUUUCAAGCGGUGCAGAAUAUAACAUUCUGCACGGCUUGAAAGGUGUUUUUUUUUUUUUUUUUAAACUUAAAUUCCUCACCUAGAUAACAGGUCACUAGCUUUAAUGGUUGCCUUGUUUGAUGUUAGUGAAUGAAAUUUGUGUUCAUUCAAUUUGCAUUGACUGUUAUUUUUAGUUGUCAUGUUUAGUUCACUAAUGGAUUAAAUGACUUAUGAUCUCAUUUUUGUGAGAAAUGCAUGGGGAAGAUAAUUACAUCAUGUGCUCAGGUUAAUUUAGCCAUAAUGCAAUAGAAGUAUUCUGCUCUGCAUGGUGCGCGUGUGAGGGCUGAUUUUUUUUUUUUUUUUUUUUAAUUUUAUUUUUUUUAAUUAAGCAAAAUACUGUCAAGCCAUACAGUGGCUUUUAAUGUCUUAAUGUGUGGUUGAUGGUUGGAUUAGCUGUGAAAAAUCAUUUUAAUUGUCCUAAAAUUGUUUUAAUUCAUUGAUAAAAGGGAGAAAAUCAAUUAAAUAUUUUGUACAAUUUGAAAUGGUGGUUUGUAUGUGUGUUCUAGUUUGAUUUUGUUUGCUGCAACAGCUGUUGGCCUGCAGAGGGCAGCGUUUUAUCUAAAAACGCCCUAUGAAAUCUGAUUCUGCAGUCAGUAAGUGCCAGGGUAAAUUCAUUAAAGUGCUCUAUCAUUUCCAUAACUAGUACUUUUUGCAUAAGUGGCUAUUAGGCUCAGGAAUGACCAAGCAGAAUUCAUCUGUCUGUGAUUUCUGUUCAACCGUGUUAUGUGACACUUCCUCUUUAAAUAAGUUAGAUCUUUCUCACAUUAUAUUUAAGGGAGUGACUUCUUUAACAACAGUCGAGACGGAGGUGUGUUUCUUUUACAGGUGUAUUUCUUUUAAUUGAUUAAUUCUUACAGAAAUAAUAUUAUUUUGGUAUAAAGCACAAGAGUAAUGACUGUAAAUUAUGUGGUGCCCCAUUUUCAGAAGUAGUUAUGGCAAUGAUAUAUUGGGCCCGAGGUGCUGUAACCUUCAGAAAUGGAAAAUAUAUUAAUAAAAAUAGCCAUUUUCCAGCAUAAAUAGCAUGGUUUCCUGAGAUGACCCAUUUAUCAAUCAUCACUGUAAUAAGGAAAUGGCAAUAUCACUUUAUUAUAACGAACACUGAAGACAAACCUUUUAAAUUAAAAUGAUAAAUUAACAUGCUUAUGCACACAAGGUACACAUUUUAAUUG